AUGGAGACCAAGUCGACGACCCAGGGACGGAAGGUGAUUCGAGUGGUGGCUAGGGUUAAGCCAUCCACAGAUCCGGUUGUACAAGCGUCGGCGAAAUCUAUAUCCGUUCACAAACCCAAGGGAGAUGAAUCGGAGACAGUUUCGAUUUCGUUCGGAGCUCAAUUCGCUGGUUCGAAAGACUCGUAUAAAUUAGACUACUGCUUCGAAGAAAGUGAAACUACAGGUUUAAUUCUCACAAAGGAGAUAAAACCUCUUAUCACUAGUGUCUUUGAGGGUAAAGAUGCUAAUGUUAUUGCCCACGGAGCGAGAUGUAGCGGAAAGACACAUCUUAUCCAGGGAUCUGAGAGGGAACCUGGUAUAGCUGUACUUACAAUGGCUGAGAUGUUAUCCAUGGCUGAGGAAAGAGGAGACUCGAUUUCGGUAUCAAUUUACGAGGUCUCUCAAGAAACUGUGUAUGACAUUUUAGGCCAAGAAAAGAGAGUGGUACCUGUGAAGUCACUCUCAGAAUUCCAGAACUUGUAUUUUGGUCUCAAGAAAUCCCAGAAGCUGACCAGUGACCCUCCUCUUAGGAGCCAUAGAGGUGUGAUGAUACAUGUAACUACGGGCAACGUCAAUUCAGGCUCCUUUGGGAGGAUGAACUUUCUUGAUAUGGCAGGAUAUGAGGACUCCAGGAAACAAAACAGUGAUCUAGCUCAUCUAGAGAUUACCAGAAUAAAUAAGUCGAUAUAUGCUUUACAGAAUGUCAUGUAUGCUCUCAACGCAAAUGAAACUCAUGUGCCAUAUCGGGAAAGCAAACUCACUCGCAUGCUGAAAGAUUGUCUACAAGGAGGCAACAGAACGUUGCUAAUCACAUGUUUGCCCCGGGAAUUUAGCCAAGACUCAUUUUACAUGCUAAACUUAGCAUCACGGAUCUGUGUAGGCAGUAAUCGAGUCAUGGCCAAUGCUGCUACAAAGAAGAACAAUAGUAUUGCUAGAUCUAUUUCAUCAUCCUCUGCUGUUCAAAGGAGACAGACACCUUUGGUUGUGUCUGCUACUUUUAACAAAAAGACAUUGCUUAGAGGAAGUGUGACUGAGAGAAAGACUAAGCUCAACACUGUUGCUUCUGCAAUUAAAGGAAGGAAACUGUUUGGUGAAGCAAAUGAUUCGGUCAACUGUAAAAAUAACCCAAAGAAGAUGGAAAGUAAAGCAAGGGUGGCAGUGAAAAAGGAAAUCUCCACUUCAAAGGUUGUCUUGGACGUUCAGGCCUCCUCAUUUGAAGAAGUAUAUCCUUGCGAGCUUGAAGGAGUCUGCUCGUCGUUUAUUGUUACAGAUUCUCAAUCUUCUUUGAUAGAGGAGGAAAAUGUUGAUUUGGCUUUCUCAAGUUCUACAGUAGCCAUGGAACCGGGAUAUUCAACCUGUGCAUCUUUCAGCUCAGAACUUAUUGACACUACAUAUACGGAGACACCCCAAAAACAUGAGGAAAGGUUUUCGGGAGCCAUUUAUUGUGAUGAUGGUUUUACAAACAAAGCUCAAAUAGCAGAGAGAGCUGACAACAGUUCAGUCAUUGAAGAAGAUCCGACUCUGGUUAAUGAAGGAGAAAACUUGGACAAAGAAAACAAGAGUUUACUUGCCAAUGAAACUGCAUCACCACCGCUCAGCAUUCGGCUUCAAGAACUAUCAAAUACUUUGAAGUCGAUAUGCAAGACCUCAAGCCAAUUAUCCCCGCCUGAGAAAUAUCACACUGCCCUAACUAAAUCAAAGACGGAAGAAGUAUCAGAGUACAGCGACAUUACUGUUGAAGCUGCUGUCAGUUUAGACCUAAAAACGCCGGAGAGAAGUAUGCCUUCAAACAUUGGCUGUAGUCCUUGGAAGACAUUCAGUGCGCACAGCUCUAAAUUGAAGAAUUCUGCUGUUGGAGAGUACCUCAAGUUCUUAAACACAGCUGAUAAGGAAGAUCUAAAGAAACUAAAGGGAAUUGGAGAAAGGAGAGCGACUUACAUAGUCGAGCUCCGGGAAGAAUCUCCUGAACCAUUCAAGAAACUUGAUGACUUGAAAGAUAUCGGACUCUCAGAAAAACAGAUUAAGGGAUUGCUGAGAAAAGAGAUUGGGGAGAUAUUCCAUUAG